GAGCGCACCAUGUGCCACAAGAAGCGCGCUUUCAGGCAACGCGCUUGAACGCGGAUUGGUACGGAGCUGAGUGAGAGACUGGCUUCUUUCUGUUUUUUCUUCGGUUUCAUAUAAAUAUGUCUCAUUCGGAGGAAAGUGGAAAUUUUAACAUUUUCUUUAAAUGAACGCUGCCCGUUGAGGUGAAAGCAAACAAGGUUUAAAAUGAACGAAGGACUUGAAAACAACUUGACUCAACUGAAUGACAACUGGACUUUUUACAACUCCUCCUUGGAGUCUGUCAUAUCCAGGAGCAACAUCACUUAUGUUGGAUUUUACCUGCAUCAGCCAUCCACGGCAGCCAUCUUCAUCGUGUCCUACUUGCUGAUUUUCCUCGUGUGCAUGGUGGGAAAUGGAGUGGUGUGCUUCAUCGUGCUGAGGAGCAAAAAUAUGCGGACUGUUACCAACUUGUUCAUCCUAAACCUUGCUGUGAGCGACCUGCUGGUGGGGAUUUUCUGCAUGCCAACAACGCUUCUUGACAACAUAAUUACAGGAUGGCCUUUUGGAAGCUUGGUCUGCAAAAUGAGCGGCAUGGUUCAAGGGAUCUCUGUGUCAGCUUCUGUCUUCACGCUCGUUGCUAUUGCUGUUGACAGAUUCAGAUGCAUCGUCUACCCAUUCAAGCAAAAGCUGACCAUCUCCACAGCUACGCUGAUAAUAGUUAUCAUCUGGGUUCUGGCCAUAUCCAUCAUGUGUCCCUCUGGGGUGAUGCUACAAGUGACCAAGGAGCAAACCAUCCGGGUGUUGCUGGGAUAUGAUAACAAAACUAUUCCUUUUUAUUGGUGCAGAGAGAACUGGCCAAACCAAGACAUGAGAAAGAUUUACACCACAGUCCUGUUUGCAAACAUCUAUCUUGCUCCUCUUUCCCUCAUUGUGAUCAUGUACGCCCGGAUUGGGAUUACGCUUUUCAAAACAGCAGUUCCAACGGGAGGAAAGCCGGGCCACGAGAACCGCCACACGGUGUCCAAGAAAAAGCAACGCGUCAUUAAAAUGCUUCUGAUAGUUGCUUUGCUCUUCAUCCUGUCCUGGCUGCCUCUGUGGACUCUCAUGAUGUUGAGCGACUACGCCAGGCUGACUGAGCAACAGUACAGGAUCAUCAACAUUUACAUCUACCCCUUUGCCCACUGGCUGGCCUUCUUCAACAGCAGCGUCAACCCCAUCAUCUACGGUUUCUUCAAUGAGAAUUUCCGAAGAGGCUUUCAAGCAGUGUUCAAGUUCAGCCUGUGCACAGCCGACGGCCAGCGGAGGAAAACCUACUCGCACAGGCUGCAGGGAAACUCUGUCCUCCCUGCGAAUAAUGCACAGACCUGCCUGGAACCCAUCUCUCUCAACAGCUUGGAAAAGAACACGUCCAGGCGACUCAACCACGUCACGGAGCAGGAUUUGGUCAUGGAGGACCUGGAAAAGGCAUCUUGCAGUAGUGGGGGUGUGACUGCAGUGUCUAUUUGAGGACGCACACACAAACUUUGUUGUAGGUGGUGAGGAAAAAUGUUUGAAUCUUAAAUCAUGCUGUGCUGUGCCUAAGAAAACCACGAGGCUCCCUUAAAUAGAUUUUACAAGUGGAUGGCGAGCUGGAAAAUUUCAAUACAAUACAAGAUUUCAAGGCAAGAAAAUAAAUAAAAAUAAUAAAUACACAUCUUUAAGUGACUAGUGUUAAAGGGAACACAGCCUUUGGUUGUAAAUCUUAUCACUUCAGACGCACACAAUGUGUCACACGUACUGGUUUGUAGCCAUCAAGGACAGGACUUAAUAUUCCUGCUGUCCAUUGCAGAACUGGUCAAUUAGACCAGCGGUCCCCAACCCCCGGACAACGGACCGGUACCGGGCCACGAGAGUUGAGACCCGAGUG